GAUUACUGAUAUAAACGAAAUCGUACAUAGAAUACCUGAAACAACUUGAUUUUUACUGGUGAAUAUUUUUCAAAUUUGGUUGUACAGGUUGGAUUUGGAGAUUGGAUGUAACGCGGUAGGAAACGCGAGUGAUCUGUUGUCAGUAGGAAUUAACUGUAUGGAUAUUACCGGGAAAAUAAAUAUUUUUUGAAGAAUGGAGUCUCCGCCAGACCUGGAAACAGUUUACCAGGCUGUAUAUUCUUUAUAUAAUAAUUCAAAUCCUUCGGGGCCAGGAAAAACAUCUCAAUGGUUGGACGAAUUACAAAAAUCAGUAUUUGCAUGGAAAAUAGCAGAUGAAAUGCUGCAGCAAAAGCGAGAUGUUCAAUCUUGUUACUUUGCUGCACAAACAAUGCGUACCAAAAUACAACUAUGUUUCCAAGAAUUACCUCCAGAGGCUCAUAUUUCUUUGAGAGAUUCUUUAAUGAAUCACAUAUCACAAAUUAAUGAACACACCAAUUCUGCUAUUGUUACACAGUUGUGCCUAGCACUGGCUGAUCUUGCAUUACAAAUGUCUACUUGGCAAAAACCAGUUGUGGAUUUAAUCAACAGAUUUGGAGAAUCAACAGCUAGCUUAUGGCCAUUGCUUGAAGUAAUGACAGUAUUACCUGAGGAAGUAAAUUCAAGAUCUCUUAGCCGGUUUCAAUAUAUUUGUAUAUUUAUAACAGUAACAGAAUUUCUAAAAAUGUGUCUAAAAAAUGGUGGAGAAAAUGUACAAAUUCGUGUUACAAUUCUUAGAUGUUUUACAAGUUGGAUUGCAGUGCAUGCUAUACCUCUUGUACCCACAAGUGAUGUUAUUGUAUAUACCCUUCAGAUACUUGGAAAUCACAUGACUGGAUCUCAAUUACAUGAAGCAGCUGCAGAUUGUAUAUGUGUAAUUCUGCAAGUUUUGGAAGAAGAUAGCAGUAGUAGUCGGGAUAAUAAUAGCGAAUCAACUAUGCAGCUGCAACAGCUACAACUAUUUCUUUUUACUAGUGUAAUGACUUUAGAACAACCAUACCAUUUAUCUGUUGCACAUGAAGAUAUGGACAAAUCCAUAAACUAUUGUCGGAUUUUUACGGAGUUAGCUGAGACAUUCUUGGAAACUAUGGUAAAUGGCUGUGCAGGAGGAAAACAACAUUAUGCUAUUAAAAUCCUUGAUCUGGUCUUAGUAUGUGUUGGACAUCAUGACUAUGAAGUGGCACAAAUAACAUUUAAUUUGUGGUAUCGUUUAUCUGAAAUUCUCUACCAAAAGAACAGUGAUGAUCUUAAUGUAGUGUUUCGACCUCAUAUUGAGAGAUUAAUUGGAGCAUUAUGUAGGCAUUGUCAAAUGGAACCAGAUCAUUUGGGUUUGGUAGAAGAGGGAGCUGGUGGCGAAGAAUUUGCAGAUUUCAGAAACCGUGUUUCCGAUCUGAUAAAAGACGUAGUAUUUGUAGUUGGAAGUAGUCACUGUUUCCGUCAAAUGUUUUCUUCUUUGACGGGUGGUCCAGGACCGCAAGGUCAACCUAAUCAUGUACCCACAUGGGAUUCGACCGAAGCUGCUCUGUUUGUAAUGCAAGCAGUUGCAAAAAAUAUUUUACCAAAAGAAAACGAUGUAGUUCCGAAAGUAGUAGAGGCUAUUUUAAAUUUACCAGAAAAUACUCAUAUAGCUGUACGUCACACGAGUAUCCUUUUGUUAGGAGAACUUUGUGAGUGGAUAGACAAUCACCCUCAAUCCUUAGAACCUGUUUUAAAUUUUCUUCUGACCUGUUUAAGUCAAAAGGGUUUAGGAAGCGCUGCUUGCGGUGCAUUACUCAGCAUAUGUACAGCUUGUCCAUUACACAUGGCUUCUCACUUCCCAGGAUUAUUACAAAUUGCACGUUCUCUUGACAGUUUUGCUAUUAGUAAUGAUGCUGCUAUUGGUUUACUCAAGGGUAAGAUGGUAAUAUAUUUAUUUAUAUAAAAGAUGUCAAGUUUACCGGCUGAGGAACUGUCGCAAGCUAUGAAGGAAUUAUGUUGGUUCCAAGCAAGACCGUUAUGCGAAAUUAUGGAACGUAGAAUUCCAAUUGAAAUAGGAACAAAGACUGAUCCUGUGAUAUGGCUAGAUAGAUUAGCCGCUAUAUUUAGGCAUACUGAUCCAAAAAUUCACGAUUCUUAUGAAUUUCAUCCUUGUCAAAAUGCUGUUAACGAAAUGUGGCCCAUGUUAUCAAACGUAUGCACAACAUAUCAACAUGACGCAAAAUUGAUGGAAAGGUGUUGCCGUUGUUUAAGAUUCGCUGUUCGUUGUGUAGGAAAACAUUCCGCCCAUCUCCUUGAACCACUUGUGAAACAGAUCGUACAAUUAUACGCAGCCCAUCAACAUAGCUGUUUUUUAUAUCUUGGUUCAAUAUUAGUUGAUGAAUACGCCAUAAAUUCAGAAUGUGUCACCGGUUUAUUAAGAAUGCUGGAAGCAUUUAUUGGGCCUACUUUUACUAUACUUCAGCAACAAGAUGGACUAAAGAAUCAUCCUGAUACAGUAGAUGAUCUUUUUAGAUUAUGUGCCAGGUUUCUUCAAAGGGCUCCCACAGCCUUUUUAUGCUCGGUUUUAAUGGAAAGUAUAAUUGACUGUGCCUUAAUGGCCUGUAGUUUAGACCAUAGGGACGCAAAUGUUUCAGUAAUGAAAUUCUUUUAUGACCUUAUACAUUGCGGUCGUAACUAUGAGACUCGAACAGAUUAUACAAUGCGACAGCAAUUAGUACACCGCAUAUUAGAAGAAAAAGGGCAAACAUUAGUCACAAGAUUACUUCAUGCAUCCGUGUUCUCGCUAUCGUCCUACAUGUUAUCAGAUGUUGCGGAUGUUUUGGUUGAACUUUCUCUGACUAAUAGACAAUUAUUAUCCAAAUGGUUAGCGGAAGCCAUUAAAAUUAUGCCAUUACAAAACGCAGGCGGUUCUCCAACAGCACAACCUGAACAACUGUUCGAAUUUCACAGUACAGUUACAAGGGCGGACUCAGCAAAAUCCGUAAAUCAUGCCUUACGUAAUUUUGCGCGUUUGUAUCGUUGA